UAUCCCAUUUCUCGCGCCAUUCCCAGCACCAACACAUAUUUUCCCCCUCAGAAGAACUAUAUUCAGACAGUGAUCAUGAUCCGAGAGCCAGUCCCCUUCGUCCUCCCUAGCCUUCGAAUUCCUCCAUGGCUAUCUGAUAAUUCACCGGCCGCCUCACCUUCCCCCUCUUCAUUCCCAACCAACACCGAUGCCGGCGCCGCCGACUCCUCCGUCCUCCUCUUCCACCCACUUCUUUCCAAUGACUGUACCCUCCCGGAACUGCACUCGCUUGCUCAAGACUUUGACAUGCCCUUUGAUGUUUUCUCCAGCGAUCAGUUCCGCAUGUUCGAGUUCAAGAUCCGCAAGUGUCCACGUGGCGGCAGGUCGCAUGACUGGACCCGCUGUCCCUUUGCCCAUCCCGGCGAGAAGGCUCGCCGAAGAGACCCUCGCAAAUUCCCCUACUCCGCCACCCCUUGCCCUCACUUUCGCCAUGCAAAUUGCAACAAAAGUGACUCCUGCGAUUUCGCUCACGGAGUCUUCGAAUGCUGGCUUCAUCCUUCUCGCUAUAGAACUCAGCUCUGCAAAGAUGGAGCAAAUUGUCGCCGUCGAGUCUGUUUCUUUGCCCACACUCCCGAUCAAUUGCGUGUACCCACUCGCGGCUCCCUCGAAGCAUCGGUCGGGUCGCCGAUUCGUCGCUCUCUGGAUUCAUCGCGGAGCAGCUCUUCAUUUAUUUCGUCACCAACUUCUGUCCUUACUCCAUCGCUACAAGACAGCUUACACUUGUCGCCGGGCAAUUCCCAAUAUGCCGGUAACACAUACAAUGCGAUGAGUGAAAUAGUAACUUCAAUGCGUAAUGUGCAGCUUGAUUCAAACACGAUGGUUUCUGGUUUUGGUUCUCCCCGUGGUUCGUUUCUCCGACCUGGCCUUUCCAGCCCUCAGUCGACCCCAACGUGGGCUAGAACUGAUAAAUCUGGACCCGGUUCAGCGGACCUAGGGGAUAGUGGCCACGAAGAAGAGGCUCCCAUGGAGAGGGUGGAAUCAGGAAGAGACCUCAGAGCCAAAAUCUAUGCCAAACUCAGCAAUAAAAUCUCAUACGUGCGAAGCGACGCGCCUGCAUCGGCUCCUGAUUUUGGAUGGGUUUCCGAACUGGUGAAGUGAAGCUCAAUCUGGGAAAUACUUGUUAUAUGUCCAGAAAUUUUCCUCCCUUACCCGAUCAGCAUUCGAAGUUGAGCGGCCACGAUAGAGUUUUAUGGUCUGUGAAUAUCUAAGUUCAUUAUAAAUGUAAUAAAAAAGGAAGAGAUUGUUGAUAUCUGUUUCAUAAUUGGUAUAUGUACAUGACAUUAAAACUCUUGCUCUCGAUUUCUGAGGUGGCAUUUGAUUCCACCGUUAUACGUUGCUCAUGAUGUAAUUUGCAUUUUCUGUCUAUAAAAUUAUGUGAUGUAUGUUCACUCUA